GGCGGUAUAAAAGCGCGCGCGGGGCGCGGGCCCGGCAGUCGCGGCGGAGGCGCAGGCGGGGGCUGCGGGAGCGCGUGAGGGCCGGGCGGCAUGGCGGACGAGGAGAUCGCUGCCCUGGUGGUGGACAAUGGCUCGGGGAUGUGCAAGGCGGGCUUCGCGGGGGACGACGCGCCCCGCGCCGUCUUCCCCUCCAUCGUGGGGCGGCCCCGGCACCAGGGCGUCAUGGUGGGCAUGGGGCAGAAGGACAGCUACGUGGGGGAUGAGGCGCAGAGCAAGAGGGGCAUCCUGACCCUCAAGUACCCCAUCGAGCACGGCAUCGUCACCAACUGGGACGACAUGGAGAAGAUCUGGCACCACACCUUCUACAACGAGCUGCGCGUGGCGCCCGAGGAGCACCCGGUGCUGCUCACUGAGGCCCCCCUCAACCCCAAGGCCAACCGGGAGAAGAUGACGCAGAUCAUGUUUGAGACCUUCAACACGCCGGCCAUGUACGUGGCCAUCCAGGCCGUGCUGUCCCUCUACGCCUCCGGCCGCACCACGGGCAUCGUGAUGGACUCCGGCGACGGCGUCACCCACACGGUGCCCAUCUACGAGGGCUACGCCCUGCCCCACGCCAUCCUGCGCCUGGACCUGGCCGGCCGCGACCUCACCGACUACCUCAUGAAGAUCCUGACGGAGCGCGGCUACAGCUUCACCACCACGGCCGAGCGGGAGAUCGUGCGCGACAUCAAGGAGAAGCUGUGCUACGUGGCGCUGGACUUCGAGCAGGAGAUGGCCACGGCCGCCUCCUCCUCUUCGCUGGAGAAGAGCUACGAGCUCCCCGACGGGCAGGUCAUCACCAUCGGCAACGAGCGCUUCCGCUGCCCCGAGUCCAUCUUCCAGCCCUCCUUCCUGGGCAUGGAGUCCUGCGGCAUCCACGAGACCACCUUCAAUUCCAUCAUGAAGUGCGACGUGGACAUCCGCAAGGACCUGUACGCCAACACCGUGCUGUCGGGGGGCACCACCAUGUACCCCGGCAUCGCCGACCGCAUGCAGAAGGAGAUCACGGCGCUGGCCCCCAGCACCAUGAAGAUCAAGAUCAUCGCCCCUCCCGAGCGCAAGUACUCCGUGUGGAUCGGCGGCUCCAUCCUGGCCUCCCUGUCCACCUUCCAGCAGAUGUGGAUCAGCAAGCAGGAGUACGACGAGUCCGGCCCCUCCAUCGUCCAUCGCAAGUGCUUCUAGAGGGACCUCCCGCCGCGUGGGACCGGCCUUGUCCCGCCGUUCCUUAGCCCCUGGUUUGAUUCCUGUGUUGAGGCACCGGUUAGUGAUGUGCAUUUUAAUGGCCCUAGGCUGUAGUUCUCCCUUGGCUCCUCCUCCUCGUGGCUCUCCGGGGCUUGGAAGCAGGCGGAGGGGUUGUUCCCUUUCCCUGUGUAACACGGAUAGGAUGACACUAAAGCUAGGUUUGUCACCUUUAGGUUUGUCACCUUUAGGUUCCUUUGUAGGAAAACAAAUAAACUUCCGAGGUUUAAACACUA